UGAAAUCUUCGGGUCAGAUUCUGCCUGUACCAAAUUAUUAUAAUUCAGAAUGAUCUGCGUGGUAAUGUACAAAGUGAUUGUGAUGGUUGCAUCGGAUUCCUUGCGCAUUCUACACGCUUUCUUUUGUGUAAAUUGGGUCUAUGAUUUGCAGGAUUCUGCAUUUCUUCCAAGCUGUGUCUGUAUGAACACACAGGUUGUGGGUCACUUAAUCUACUCAUUUUCUAAUUUGAAAUCGUUUAUAGCUACCUGAUUCUUCUUCCUCCCUUCCAAAUUUACUUGAUUGUACUUCACCUCCUUAACGAAAGCUUGCUUUUACUGGUGUCCCUCUUCUUGUUUCUUCGUAUCAAAGCUCGAUCGAUUUCCAUGGAAUCUACUUCCACUUCUGCUGGUAACACUGGGCGUCAACCAGAGGAGGGGAUAAAUGCUUCUGAAGAAAUUGCAGUGACUCGAUCUACUUCUGCCACUCCCUCACUGGUAAGCCUGUUUCUGUGCUGCUUUAAUUGGUGUGCUCUGUUUCGAUCAGAGGGUUCAGUUCAAUCCAACACCACCAUGGCAUCUGUAGCUACCACAAGCAGUGAGCCAGAGAAUGCUACCACAAGCAGUCAGCCAGAGAAUGAGAAUAGAUAUGCUUUUCAAGGGAUCGCACCAUCUCCAUCUACUUGUGCUCCAACCUCAAUGGCAAAGAAAAAACUUCCCUACGAUGUAUUUAUCAAUCAUCGUGGCCCUGAUGUGAAACACACGCUCGCAACCUCUCUCUAUAAUGUUCUCUAUACUGUAAUGGGAUUGAGGGUUUUUCUGGAUUCAGAAGAGCUCGAAUUGGGAGAUUGCUUACCUAAAGAAAUAGAAGAUGCGAUGCAAAAUGCUUCGCUUCAUUUAGCUAUAUUUUCUGAGAAUUACGCCCAAUCUCCCUGGUGUUUAGCGGAGCUGUCGUUUAUGCUCAAAAGUGGGGCGCCAAUUGUUCCUGUUUUUUACCAUGUUAAGCCUGAUGAUGUUCGUUAUGCAAAAGGAGUCUAUGCUAAAGCAUUUUCCCGGCACGAAGAGAAGGGUAGGUACACAUCAGAAAAGCUUCAGGAAUGGAAGAAUGCACUCCAAAAUGUUUCAUAUAAUGUCGGCCACAUCGUUAGUGACAAAGAUGACGAGGGGAGGCUGCUCAAGAAUAUUGUUAGUUCUGUUCUGAAAGUAAUUCAAUAUGUACCAUUGGUGGUUGCCAAACAUCCAGUUGGUCUAGACGAAGCUGUAAAAGAUUUUGAAAUGACAACACUGCAAUCUGCUGAUUCUCAUCAUCCUGUGCAAAUUGUUGGAAUAUGGGGUAUGGGUGGUUCUGGGAAAACCACUCUUGCUAAACAAAUAUAUAAUAAUAAAUACACAAGUAUGGAAAGGUGCAGUUUUAUAUUAGAUGUAAGAGAUGCUGCUGCAAAAGGUGUAUUGCACAAGAAGCAGAAAAAACUGUUGGAGGACCUUGGUCUCAAAGAUGUACGAGUUGAUGAUAUAGAAGAAGGAAAGGGUAUGCUUGCUUGUCGAUUAAGAUCUGUUCAGGUACUCAUUGUUGUAGAUGAUGUAGAUAACGUGGAACAACUGGAUGCUUUAUUGCCUAACAAGGACGGUCUUGGAUGGGGCAGUUUGAUUGUAGUUACUACACGAGAGCUUGAUGUGCUGAGAUCUUGGGGUAUUUCUUCAAUUUAUAAAAUGAAAAAACUUGAUGCACCUCAUGCAAAACAGCUAUUUUGCUGGCAUGCUUUCUUAAACUCCUCCCCACUUGCAGGGUUUGAGGAUCUGGUGGAGAACUUCUUAGAUGUUUGUAAUGGAUUGCCGUUGUCUCUAAAGGUUUUGGGAGCACAAUUGUAUGACAAUCGUAGCAAAGAUUCUUGGGAGACUCAACUGGACAAGGUCCGUAGGAUAAUGCCCAAUGAUAUCAAGCAAAAAUUAAAAGUAAGUUAUGAUGCCUUAGAUGAUGAAGAGAAGGAGAUAUUUUUAGAUAUUGCUUGUUUCUUUAUAGGAGAGGAGAUAGCUUCUGCCAUUGAUGUUUGGGAUGGAUCAAGGUGGAGCGGUCUACACAGUUGGGAACGACUUUUAAAUAAGUGUCUUGUUGAGAUGGAUAAUGAUGACUGCAUAAGAAUGCACGAUCAUAUAAGGGAUCUAGGAAGAGAAAUUGCAAAUCAAAAAUCACCCUACCGGCUUUGGUAUCCACAACAAAUUAUUAAAACUCAUAAUGAAGCACAGGGAAUCGGCAUUCGAGGAAUAAUGUCUACUACAGAUGGAUAUAUGGAUGGGAUUGAGGAGUCUCCUCGAUUUUCGGGUGGGAAAAUCAUAGUUAACAGAAGCGGAGGAUAUUGUAGCCUGCAACCCUCUUCGCUUGGACUAAAGAUUUUUAAGGUCAGAGGAAAUCAUUAUAAUCAAGUAAUUGGUGAUAUGCCACGAGAGCUGGUGUGGCUUCGCUGGUUUCACUUUGGGCAGAGAAAUCUGAGCUCAUUGAGUUCAUUGAAAAAUUUGAGGGUUUUGGAAAUCGAUGAAGAAAUGAAGGAUAAUCACUUAGAAGAGCUGUGGGAGAAUGACAGUAAUGCUCCAGAGCAGUUAAGACGGUUGGUUAUUUCUAAUUGUCAUAAAUUUCAGAUACUUCCAAACUCAAUAGGGCGUCUUAACCAUUUGAAAAAACUAGUGGUUAGUGGUGGAAAUCUCCUGAGUAGUCUGCCCGAAGAAUUUUGCCUUCUCCAGUCACUGGAACACCUGAAAUUGAUGUGUUAUAACCUAUCAUCACUACCCAGAAAUUUUGGUGAUUUGAGAAAACUGCGGCAUUUAGAAUUGCAUGGAUGCAUGCAAUUCAGGACAUUGCCAGUCUCUUUUAAGGAACUGAUACUACUCCAACAUCUUUGCCUAAGUCUCUGUUUUAACCUCACCUUAGAAUCGAACAUUCUGGAAAACAUGAUAAAGCUUGAGCAUGUGAGCUUAAAUGGGUGCACGCAAUUGGAGGAGUUGCCUCCUCACAUCACAAAUCAGGCCUCCUUGAAAAACCUUCACUUAUAUGGUUGGAAGAGGUUAAAGCAGCUGCCAAUGAACAUCGGUAGACUGAGCAAGUUGCGAAGGAUUGAGAUAGGGACUAGUAAUUUGUUGACAAGCUUGCCGAUUUCUCUUGGAGAUUUGCCUGUCUUGACUCAUCUUCAGAUAGUUCUCUGCCCCAAGUUGGAGAGUUUACCAGACUCUAUAGGGCAACUGAGUAAUCUCCAAACCCUAGAAAUAGACGAAUGCCCAAUCAGACAUUUGGAUCUUAGGGCUAGCCCAUCUGGAUCGUUUACUUCCUCAUUGUACAACCUUAAGAGGAUAAGACUAUUGAAAACAAAAGUGUCCAAGAUUUCCAUCUCUCAAGAUUCUUGUCCCGGCCUUGAAACUCUCUACAUUGACAGUGACCAGAAUCUAAUGGAGAUUGAAGUCCUGCCAACUACAGUCAAAGACAUAGAGUUACAGAAAUGUGAAAUGCUGAGGAACAUCAGGGGUAUUGUUGGUCUGGUAGACAUUCAAAAGCUAACCAUAACUGGAUGCCCAAAGUUGGAUGAGCUUCCCAGUUUUGCUCAAUUAACUUCUCUCCAAGAACUUCAACUCCAAGGUUGCUACAGAGUUGAGAACAUACAAGGUUUAGAACAUUGCAGAGCAUUGGAGAUGUUGAGAGUAGAUAGCAGGUGGGAAGCCGCGGGGAUAGAGAGUUUGGAGAGCAUGGAAAAAUUAAGGAGAGUGGAACUGAUCGCAAAUAGGAGAUCAGGUGUCGAAGCUUGCAUUCAAAGCAUACAGAAUUGGGCAGGCGAAAUAAUAGGAUGUACGCGGGCUGUACCUGAUGCGGCCUCACUUCUAAGUUUCUUCGCCUUUCCAGGUGUUUCUCUCCUUCAUUCCUUGGAUGACCAGAUCAUUGAUGGGGGACAGUACACCCAAUUGAUGCCGAAGAGUUCUCCCAAUGGCAAUGCCGCUAUUGUAUGUUUUGUUAUAAAUUGUGUCACUCCAAGUAUGCAAUUGCGCAUUGGCAAUUCUUCAACGUAUGAUCAAGUAUCUGAAACAGAGGUGGAGAAUGGUAGAUGGAUAUGGAUGGGUGUCUUCAGGAAACAUUCCAGGUGGCAUACAGCAGAGGAGUACAGAAUAGGUGUAAGCUAUUUCUCUGAAGGCGUAUGUGAAGUGGAGAGAGGAUCACUUCUUGUGAUGGGAGAAGACGACAGAGUGAUGGAGGCUUUCCGCAGGUUAUGGGCACUUCUAGCAAAUUGAUAGUGUUAUAUUGACGAAUUAUAGGAAUUAAAAUUAUUUAUGGUAUUUUUUUAUUUUAUGUGAAGAAUAGAGUGGUUGAGUAUA